AUGGGGGAUAUGAAGGAUGUGAAGGUGGAGGAGAGUAGGGUAAAGGUGGAGGGGGAGGCGGAAGGGGAGAAAGUGAAGACUGAGAAGGAGAUCGAAGUACAGGAUGCGCAAGAUGCGCAGGAUGCUCAGGAUGAUUUGGAUGCGCUGGAGGGGUUGGAGAGUGAGGCUAAGGAGUUUAUGAAGGAUUCAGAGAUCGAUAGGAUUUUAAAAUCGUUUCGUUUGGAUGCCUACGCCGUUCUUGACCUCCAACCCGGUGUCGGCGAAUCCGAUAUCAAAAAAUGCUACCGCGUCAAAUCCCUCCUAAUCCAUCCCGAUAAAACGCGCAAUCCACUUGCGCCCGACGCAUUCGACCGAUUAAAAAAAGCCCAAACAGAACUUAUGGAUGAGAAGCACCGGGAGCGACUCGAUGAAGCGAUUGCCGAUGCGCGGAUGUUGAUUAUGCGAGAGAAAGGAUUAGGGAUCGAUAGCAUAGAGGUGAAGGAACCAAAUGAAGGGUUCAAGAGGGAUUGGAGGGAGAAAACUAAGUUUGUGUUGAUUGAAAAUGAACAGAGGAGGAGGAGACAGGUCAAGGCGCAGAUGCAGGAGGAAGGGAGGGAAAUGAGGAAGGUGGAGGAGGAACAGGAGAGUAGGAAGAGGAAGAGGGAGAGUGAGGUCAAGUGGGAGGCGAGUAGGGAGGAGAGAAUUGGUAGUUGGAGGGAGUUUGCUAAGAAGGGGGGUGGAGGGGGGGGUGCAGGUGGUGCGGGUGCGAGUGGAGGUGGGAGUGGGAAUGGGAGUGGAGGUGGGGGGGAGAAGAAAAAGAAGAAGAAGGUUAAGCCGUUGGGUUAG